UUGAAUUUUUUAUACUUCAUGCUUCAAGUCCCAUAAGACGAUAAAAACAAUAUUUUAGGUUAGAUUUAAUAAAAUUCUCUUUUUCAACUAUUAUUUAUUAAAUAUAAAUAAAACUUAAUGGCUCUCCAAAGAAGUUUUUUAGCGAGCUUUCGUUUAAAUCCAUUUCUGAAAGUUGUUCUUUCUGAAUGUAAUAAUAGUUGUGUAAAAAUUAGAACACUUCAAACACAGACACAACCAUCAGUGCAACCAAAAGAAAAAUUUAUUCAACGUUGGGGAAAAUAUUGGAAAAGUCUCUACUUAGAUUAUAGAGAUGUUGCUAUUGAUGUUGGUAAGGAAUUCAGAAAUAAACCUUUAAAGUGUUCCAGUUAUGUUGCCGCUUUAGGUAGUUUAUAUUUCCUUUCGCAACACAAUCCUGAUAUGUCAUCGUAUCGUGAUCAAUUACUGAAUAAUGAAUCAAAAUUAACACAAGUAGCGCAACAUCUUCGAAAUUCCGAAUCAGAAAAUUAUGUUACAUGGGUGGAACAAUGUUACAAUGAGGGAAUUAUUAGAGAAUUAAAUUUAGGAAUUAUAUCAUUUAUAUGGCUUGACAAUUAUGAUGAAAAUUCUGCAGUGUAUAAAGCAAAAUGUUCAUACUUAAAACCUCAGUAUCUUACAUUUUAUAAAAGAAUAAUUGAUAUAGGUUUCAUGGAUAAAUGGUGGUUACUCGAGGACAAAAUGCACGAUUAUGAUGUAAAUAUAGCUCAAUUUUAGAUAAUAAAUAAAAAAAAAAAAAAUAAAAAACCCAUUUUUGUAAAUAAAUUGUAAUUUAUGGUUAUAAUAUUAAAACGAUUUGUUUAAGAA